UAUCGUUAGGAUCAUUGCCUUCCACGUCCACCCCUUGUCGCGAUCGCGAAUUCAUUCCCUAUUUGAUUCUUGCAUCAUGGUUCAUGUUGUCGUACUUGGUGCAGGCGUCAUCGGACUUUCCACUGCGAUUUCUAUUCGAGAGAAAGGUUAUCACGUGACACUUCUUGCACAAUAUCUUCCUGGCGAUCCCAAGAACAUCGGUUAUACAAGUCCGUGGGCGGGUGCUCACCACGUUUCCUCAGCAGGAAAUAACGAGACACAACGAAAGCUGGACAGGGAGACAUUUGAUGUGAUGUGGAAACUGUCUGGAGGUGGCGAUGCCCAGCACUGUUUUCACAGAGUUCGGCAGUACGAGUACUAUCUUGAUGAAUCUGGAUACGAGGCACUCGCACACAUGCCAAAUUUUCGUCGCCUAGGGCCCACCGAGCUUAGACCUGGCUGUACUUCGGGUAUCACAUUUUCUACGCUGACGAUCAAUACCUCUCUAUACCUCCCGUACCUCUUGUCCCGGCUACAGCGUAUUGGUGGAAAGGUCCACCGGUGUAUAAUCCAGCAUAUCAACCAAGUGUCAGAGGGCGCUUUUACAGAUGGGGUUUGCCCUGAUGCAUUGAUCGUGUGCACCGGUCUCGGUGCACGAUCCUUAGGCGGCGUUGAGGACCAGAAUGUGUUCGCCAUCAGAGGGCAGACAGUCCUGCUCAAAGCACCUUGGGUCGAUGUAGGCCUCUCAAAAAAUGAACCUGGCGGAAAGUGGACCUACAUUAUGCCACAUCGCAACGGGAAUGUUGUGGUCGGAGGCUCUGCCCAACCGCAUGAUUGGUACCCUCAUUGCCGUCCAGAGGUGACUAGAGAUAUACUGGAGCGGGCCAAUUCCCUUUGCCCAGAACUUGCUACACCGUUGUUAAGGGGGACUUCAAGAGCACCUUCUGCUGAUGAUUUAUAUCCGUUAAUAGUCGACAUGGGUUGUGGCAUGCGACCUGGUCGACAAGGCGGUGUCAGACUUGAAGGUUCAUUUUUGGAUAUCAAGGACCUACCUGCAAAGAUUCCGCUGAUAUACAAUUAUGGGCAUGCUGGAUUUGGAUACCAAGCAUCUUGGGGCUCGGCUAAUGCGGUCGUUGACCUUCUUCAAGAUAUGUUGCCAAAACGUGUUGAGAGAGCGAAGCUUUGAGUAUCGGCACAUUCUGCUGCAGCUUGAUAAAUAUCUUAUCUCAAGUCAUUACGAGUCAGUGUUCAACUCCCAACUUCCGUGCCCCUAGUAUUUUCCAAACUGCCUGUAUUUUUAUCAUCUCGUUGGAGACGAGAGAUCAAAUGUUACCAGUGAAGC